UAGUUAUAUUAUAUAUUGUGGUGAAUUGAAAUGAAUAGUUUGUGUCUGUCUGACACAUUGUGGAGGAAAAAACAAAGGAGAAAAUGGAAGGCAAUUACAGACAGGUCACAGCUAAAAACCGUACCAAAGUGCUGGGAAGAAGGGAACAACCAAAUGGAAGGUGCCCCUUAAUCAUAGUUCACAUGUGAUUAGCAAUCCUAAUCAAUACAUUUACCCUUUCCUUUCCCAUUCAUUAGCUUUGUGUUUAAUCACCAACUUUGGCCGGCACCGCACCUCCUCUCUCCUUGGUUUGUUCUCCUUCUCUUUCCUUUCCUUUUUCUUUUGUGAAGAAUCAAUCAGUAAGAUCCCAUCAACCGAGAGGGAAACGAAGCAUUUCUUAUAAUGGUGUGUAAACCUCCCAACAAUUGACGACGAAAGAUCGAAAGUGGCAGUGGGGUACGAAGGAAAAAGAAAAGAAUGGGGCGGAAAAUGAAGAAAGAAAGUAGAAAAGAAUAAGGAGCAGAUGAAAGUGGUAGAUGUGGGAAAUUCCUUAAGGAAGGAAUAGUUUUUGAGUAUGGCAGUUAGGUUUUGAGUAGGUUCCUCAACCAUCAUGGCCCCAUGGGGAUGAUCGCCUUCACCAAUCUCAGCCGUCAGAUUUGGGGAAGCGUAGAACUCUCACUUAAAUACACGUGCUGCUUUCUCUUCUCAUCCAUCUCUUGCAUGGAUUUCUCCUCUAAAUAUAGUCAAGCUUACACUCUAAAACAGACACACAAGCUCUCACAACACAACCUUCCUUACUUCAUUUCCUUUGCUUUCUUCGUGUACCUAUUAUUAGUAUCACAGGUUACUCAUCACACCCAAUUCCUUUAAACCUCUCUUACCUUCUUCUUUCUUCUUCAACAACUCUAAAGGGAAGGUUAGUAGAUACAGAUGUUUACUGGGUCUUCUUCUUUUCCACUUUUCAUGCUUCGGAUCUUGUUCUUGCUCCUCAAUUCUUCAAUUUCUGAGUGUUGAGAGAUCAGGAACUGCCGCAUCAAUUCGAGCUCUUGGAUUGAUUUUGUUUCUUGUAAAUGGAAGCUAAUCUAGCCUCAAGACAUGUUUGCAAGCUCUGUAAUAAGAGCUUUGCUUGUGGGAGAUCCUUGGGAGGGCAUAUGAGGUCUCAUUUGACCAAUAACUUAGUUGAUUCUGAUGAGAAACAUAGCAGAACAAGCCUUCAAUUUGCUGAUUUCAGUGCUGGAAGCGUAUCAAACAUGGAGGAGGAGGAGGAGGUAGAUUUGGAAGGUGGAAAUCUAGCUGGGUUUGGUUAUGGUCUUAGAAAGAAUCCCAAAAAGACUCAGAAACUUGAGUUUUUAAGUGAAGAAUCUUCACUCCAAGACAAGUUCUGCAGGGAAUGUGGUAAAGGGUUUCAAUCAUGGAAGGCUCUGUUUGGUCACAUGAAAUGCCAUUCUGAAAGAGUUGUUUCCAGUAGUCAAGAGCUGGAAGAACCAGAUUCCCAUAUCACUGAUGCUAAACAGAAGCUGGUGAUGGAUAUCCAAUCUGAUAAUGAAAUUGAAGCUCCUAACAACAAGAGAAAGAGAUCAAGAAGAAGAAGAACAGCCCAAAUGGGCACGGAAAAUUCAACGACCUCCUUCUCUUUUGCCACUGAUUCCUCUGUUUUUGAAAUCCAGCAAGAACAAGAAGUUGCCAUCUCCUUGAUGUUGCUUUCCAUGGACGUGGGGAAUUGGGUUGGCUUCAAUUCUCCAGUUGAGUCCUCAGAUAACAAUUCAAAGUUUCUUGAUACCCCAUCUGCCGUUGAGAGGAAAACCUCUGUUUCCAAUAAACUCAAGGUGAAGAAAAUGGAGUCUGAAGUGAAGAAACCAGAGCAAAGUUGUUCUGCGUUUAUGAACAAGGGAAAGAUGAUAGAUCAAAGAGGUGGAUCUAAAUCUUUCCCCCCAAAAAAUGACCAAAACCAAGCUAGAUUCAGCUCUGAUAUGAUCGCAAAAUCCGGAAAGAAGACAUUAGCAGAGUUUUGGGAUUCAAAAAUCUGCAAGAAACCCAAAAAGAGAAGCAAAUUUGAGUGUGAUAUUUGCAAUAAGAUCUUCCACUCAUAUCAAGCACUUGGUGGGCAUAGAGCAAGCCACAAGAAGCUAAAGGGUUGUUUCGUUGAGUCAGCCAUGGAAGAAUACGAAGAAGAAGAAAUAGACAGCGAGCGCAGUGCAGAAAUGGCGAUUUCUGCAUACCCAACAGCCGAAAACAAGCUUUCGAAAGGCCUCAACAAUGGCGAAAUGGGUUAUCAGAUUCCAAAAAAGAGCAGCAAACACAAAUGCCCAAUUUGCGAGAAAGUGUUCGCAUCAGGUCAAGCACUUGGUGGGCAUAAAAGAUCUCAUUUGAUCAGUGGAUUCAAAAACAGAGCAACAAUUCAAAUUCAAAAACAAGUCCCAGAAAUCAGGAGGUUUCUGGACCUGAAUCUUCCUCCUGAACCAGUCGAAAUAGAAAACAAGAACCACAAUUUAGCAUCAUUAAAGCACCCAUGGUGGGCUGCAGCUAAUGAACACAAGCACGAGGCUCUUGUGAAUGUGGGAUUUCAUAUCUAAAUUGAUAGAGACUUGAGAGAUUGUAUAGUGAUCAAUACUUUCUGGGUAUCAUUUCAUUUCAUUAAUUCUUUUCAUUUUGGUUGAAGA